UUUCCACUCACAGUCAGGCAUUUCAUUUCAUUCCAUUUCCCGUGCACUUUUUACUUUCUGGCAAACUCAUUUUUUACACUUUCCCCACUUUCCCCCCGGAAAAAUCGAAAAAAGUAUUUCGGCAUUCGGAACGCUUGCAACUUACCGGCAAGGGAAUAGAAAAUCAACCGAAACCGUGUUCAUCCAGCCAACCAACCGUACACUCUCCACAUCAACUUAAAGGCAUCUCGUCCCGAAGAAGUUGCAAAUCCACAGGAUGCUUAGCACUUUCAAGAUGCGAUCUGUUCUGCAGACUCAGAAGAUAAUGCGAUCGUUGUGCCAUGAUUCGCAGCGCAUUAAGGCGCAGUUUCUAGUCCAAAAUGAGGAGUCCCCUUCCAACGUCGAGGAAGCUGAGCAGGAUAAGGAGGAGCAGCCGGCGGCGGAGCCACGCCCCCGCGCACCCCUGUACAAUCCGCUAAGUCGACGCCACACUGUAAACAGCUCUCGACUGCAGUACAUCAAUGACAAGUACAAGGAACUGGCCAACGAGGUGGAGUUGCGCAAACCGAAGGCCAAGCCAUUCGUCUCCCGCCACGCCCUCCAUUCGGGGCGGUUCGACAAGUAGAAUCCCAGUCUCCCAGUCUCACAGUCUUCCAGUCUCCAGACCUCGCAUUGCCCAAUGAUCGAAAAUGAUUCUGAAAGCUGCAUUUAUUUCCGGUUAAAACAAAAAGGAGGAUACUCCUCCGUCAACUGUUCAAUAUAUCUCUUAUUCUUGCCUGUUAGAUCACAAAUAAAAAUGCUAAUAAAUGGGUUAAGCCAAA